AUGUUCUGGGGUGCGUUAUUGCUUCUCCUGUCAAGCAAUGCCGUCGCAUCGCGCCACGAUGCGGACUUGAUGUCCUUUGUGACGCUCCCCGAGGUCCGAGCCUUGAAAUGGGAGAUUCAACACUACGACCGCGAGCGCAUGGCGCCCGGGUAUAUCUUCGUGGCGCCGUACGGCCAGAUUUCCCCGGAACACCCCACACAAAAGUACCAGCAAUAUCAAGUCGGUCCUUAUAUUUAUGAUGACAGUGGUAUGCUGAUCUGGGCUGGUUCGCCCAUGUAUGAUAACGAGAACACCUUCGAUUUCAAGCCGGUCAACAACAUCGACUCAAAACCACACCUUUCGUUUGUGGUGGGAUGGGCUGCGGACCAUUCGAAGAAGGGCCACGGCGCGCUGGUGAGCCAGCAUUAUGAGGUGGAGAAGGAGGUCCAGGUGAUUAACGACCUGCACGAUUUCAACAUGCACGAAUUCAAUAUCUUGGAAGGUGGAAAGACAGCUCUAGCGUGUACCUACCGUAAUGCGCGCGUCAACCUCGCCGAUUUUGGACGUCCCACGGAAGAGAGUUGGGUCACGGUGGGUGGAUUCGUUGAGCUGGACGUCGCGACGAGCGAGGUUUUGGUGCAAUGGGACUCGCUCGACAAGAUCGCCCUCCACGAAUCGAACAUGUUCCACGCGUCGGAUGGCGUGGCUACCGGUGAGCCUGGCUGGGAUUACGUCCACAUCAACGCGGUCGACAAAAACGAGGCAGGUGACUACCUGAUCUCCCUGCGAUUCACCAAUACCCUCUACCUGAUCUCUGGUCAGGAUGGCAGCAUCAUUUGGCGCCUAGGUGGGGCAGAGAGCAACUUCGACCAAGACUUCACUUUCUCCAAGCAGCACGAUGCCAAGUUUGUCUCCUCGAACAGCACCCACCACGUUAUCUCGGUGCUGAAUAAUGCCUCGGACGAGCGUGGUAACGACGAGAACACCUCCUCUGGCCUGAUCAUCGAGUUGGAUACUUCUGUCACCCCCAUGACAGCCCGAGUGAUUCGCCGCAUCAACCGCCCCGACAGUGGUCUCACUCGACUCCGGGGCAGCUUCCGCCCCCUGCCCAACGGCAACUACUUCGCCGGAUGGAGCGAGCGCGGCUAUUCCAGCGAGCAUGCCUCGAACGGUGACCUUCUCAUGACCGCCCGCUUCACAUCGGACCGUUACUCGACAUACCGCUCUUUCAAGGGAGAGUUCACCGGUCGCCCCGUCGCUCCUCCGGACCUGGUCGCAAAUGUAUACGGUACUGAUGACAAGGACACAACGACCCUUAUCCACGUCAGCUGGAACGGUGCGACGGACGUUGUCCAAUGGAAGUUCUAUGCUCAGUCCUAUGAUCGCGGCGACCCGGUCUACAUUGGUUCCACCAACAAGACCGACUUCGAGACCAUGUAUAUCGCCGAUGGCUACAUGGACUGGGUCUCAGCCCAAGCCAUCGAUGCCGAGGGCAAUGUCAUGCACACCUCCAAGGUCAUGCGCACCGAGAUUCCUAGCAACUGGAUCUCCGCAGGCUGGAUCGGCGCCACUUCCGGCCCCAGCCCCGAUGACCCGUCCAUCAUUGCCGCUGCCAACGAUGCCAGCAAGCUAUCCUCCGGCUCUAGCGCCAGCGACAAAGGGACUGAGUUCAUCAACGACAGCACCUCCAACUCCACCGGCUCUAUCGCCUCCAGCGACCACUCAGCGGCCCAGUACGCCGAUGCCAAGGAAGUCGCAAAGGCCGUCUACAAGGCCUACGACAUCAUCCGCGGCAUCGGUAGCCUCCUCGUCUUCCUCUUGGUCGUCGGUGUCCUCGGUGGUGCCGGUUACGCCAUCUGGCGAUCCGUCCGCGACCGCCGCAAGCGCAGCUACCAGCACGUCCCCUCCGAGGAGGGUCUUCCGACGGAAGAAAUCCGACUCACCUCCACCGGACGCGAGUAG